CUGCUUUUUCUGAAAGUUUUAAAUCUUUAUCUCAUGGCAUAUAAUCAAGUUCAUUUAAACAAUUAAGCCGUUUCUUUUGCAUAGGAAAAAGAAGAAAAUCAUUAUAAUAACAGGAAAAAGAAAUGACGUAGAUCUAUUUUUAACUUCGAGUAAAGUUCCUCACAGCGUCGUAGAAAAAUCGUUUGUAACUGUCAGUCAUGUUGGAAGGAGCUGAAAUGCAUGGACUUUGUGUACUAUUUAUACGGGAUACGAAUUACCGGAAAAGGAUUUACUUGGAAUAUGAACAGCCUUGAACACCACUUAAAGACUUCUGGGACAAUUCCUUGUUUAGGUCUGAUUACUAUAUAUCUGAUAGCAUUUGUUUCCGGCAGUCCAAAAGGCGUAGCGGUAUUUGCUGGCGGAAGCGGUAACCGUGUGGGAAUUGUUUCCGAUCAGUGGGGAGUACUCUCAACUCCAACAAAAUGGCUUGUAGGAAUUUUUUCUGCCAUAGUUGUUAUCCUUUUUGGAAUUGGAAUAUAUCGUCUAGUGAAAUGGUGCAUUAAGUCUGCGACAGAUUGAAGGACUUACUGCAUUUAUAUAUAUAUAUAUAUAUGGAGCAAUUUUAGUCAAAGAUUUUAUCACAGUAUUGUUUUAAAUUCUGUGAUAAGUAUUUAACUGCCAUUAUUUCAUCUUCAUGUUCAUGAGUCGUUAGACAGAAGUAUCAAGCAUUACUUUUCAAAGCAUUCAUUAUUUUUUAAUUUGGUAUCUUCUUUAGAAUCAAUAUUUUUUACUACUCCGAAUAAAAUUUUCUGUUACAGAAAAGUUUUAUCUUAUAUAUUUAUGCUAUAAUAUGCUUUUAUCUGGUACUUUUAUGUUUAUUUUAAAGUUAUAAUAUAAAUGUAUUUUAUUUCAUUUUGUAAAAUUUUGAUUGUAUGUAUUUACAUUAAAUGAACUCAGUAUUUAUGAAUGAA